ACCGAGACACAGCCCCAGAUGGAUCCCAGCCUCUGAGCUACUGUGGCUGCGGCAGAUGUAGCUUACGUGGAACUUGAGUCCUCUGGCAGAGCUACAGCGUGCACAAGCAGCGUUUCUACUCAAGCCACAGUUAACACGUCUCUUUCCCCGACUCUUCUAGACUGUUUGGCUGAUGAACAAUAUCUACAACUCCAUCGGCCGGCUGGAAACUUACUCGCCGCUGCUCAUACCAACCACUUCAAACACACCAUCCAUGUCACGAAGUGGUUCAUAUGCGGCCGACGGCCCAGAUCGGCCAACAUUGGCACCUUUACGCCCCUCCGAUUUCGAGAAGAACAGGCGACUGCCCAAGGUUUUUCCGGACUACCCCACCACCACCUCCGGAGUCGCUUGGUUGUUGUGGACCAUUUUGACCGGCGUUGGAUGGAUAAGAAAGUUUUUCGAUUUGUUUCAUGGCUAUAUGAGCAGUGACGACCGAGGAAGCUCAGAAAAUCUUCGCCUGUUAGCCGAUGUUGAUAGAGCAAUGAACCGAUUAAGAAAGCUGAGCGAAUGCCUGCAAGAGCUCUGGCCUGCGCUGUGCAGCAUCCGAUACAACUCGGCCCUUUACACGACCAAGCCUCAAGCCAGCCCGUAUUUGGAUACAAUUGAUGCGGAAUCAUAUGACAUGCUGGACCAUAGUCAUCCUACGUCCCUCUCGGUGGAAGGCAGAGAGCAGAUCAAGAGCGGCAAAAGAAAAUGCGUCAAUGUUGACGUCAGGGUCAUUGAGACCGAAAGGUCCGAAGCCAUCGUUCAAACAGGCGAAAUUGCGAUUUUGGUGCAUAUUUCCAUUUGGCUCACGAAACAGCUCGCUGGAUGGUGGGCAUGUCUGAAGGCCAUCCUCCCUUGGAUCCCCGACUAUAACUUCAAAUCAAUCAGGAUGCUGGCAAACGUUGUGAACGAUGUUUAUGCAUUAUUAUUGUCGCUGUUGCUGCUGACAAUGUUUUCAUGGUUCACCUUGCUUUGUGCUGCGUUGGCCCUCGUUCUGAUUGAUGUUGUUGGUGCUGCAUUCAUAAGCCACAUCACACGCGACCUUCACACGAAAUAAUGAAGUCAACCAAUAUAAGGUGCUUUUGGGUUCUGUGGAUGCAAUAGCGCACUGGUC